AUGAAAGGAACUGUUUCGUGUAAUAUUUUUAAUCAUUCCAAAGAAUGCACUAUUCUUUUGGAAAGUAUUUCCACAGCUUCAUCUAAUUUCAUAUCAUGCAUUGUUCGAAAUUCUAGGCCUGUUCAAAUAUGCACUUCAUGUGCAACAGAUUAUUUUUUUGUUUUGGAUAAAUAUGAAGAUAUAAAAAAGUCACAAAAAUCAUUAAAUUCAACCUGUGAUGAAAAACUUUUAAAUCAAGAUAAGCUAGAAGUUAUAGAAACAACGAUAACUUUUUUUAAUGAUCUGUGGUCUAAGGGAAAAUAUUGUCUUUUUAAUAAAAGCGAUGAAGAGUCAGUCAUUACCAAAGAAUUUAAUAAAUUUAAUUCUGAUACAAAUCAGUGCCUUGCAAGUUUUUAUAAUUCAUCAAGUAAAACUUACAGUAAUGAAAUGAAUAUAACUCAACAUCUUUGGAGUAAUGUCCUUCACUGUGGCAAAACAGUUUUAACGUUUGAAAUACCUUUGAUUGUGCUGUCUUUAACUGUAAUUUUUUUCCCAUUAGUUUUGUAUGGGUAUUCAUUCAAAUAUACUAAUCAUCAAACAAAAUCAUCUGCUGUUUUGAGAAGAAAUAGAUUGUCACAAAGGUUUGGUGAACAAUGGAGAAAUAGAGGUAGUUCAUCUAUUUCUAAUUAA